AUGGUUGUCAUCUCAUCGGAAACCGAUUCGUGUCAAAUCUGUGAACAAAUCUUGCAAGAAGCGGCUCGGAAUUUGCAAAAGGAUUAUGCUGAGAAUGAGUUGUUGAAAGAACUAUUACUGGCCUGCAACAGCUUGGAGGCGACAUAUGACCGGGAGACGGUGCAAAAAUGUAUUGGUUUCACCUAUCCCAACAUUGACAUCAUUUACAAUGAUUUUAAAGCCGGCAAAGAUGCACACUCGACUUGUGUUGAAAUCGGGCAAUGU